AUGGCAAUAUCAUUGAUCUUCUUAUUGAUUAGCGGUUGUUAUGCAGCUGAGAAAUUAUCACAUUAUAACGUAGAUCCAAGUGAAACAUCAGUUUCGGGUAUAUCAUCUGGUGCAUACUUUGCUACACAAAUACAAGUCGCAUUUUCCGCCUCAAUAAAAGGUGCUGGGAUUGUAGCAGGUGGUCCUUAUAACUGUGGAGGACAAAUGAGUUACACAAGUUGUAUGUACACGAGUAGUCCAGCAAUUACUCAAUCUAUUUCAAAUACAAAAUCGUGGAGUGGAAACAAAAUUGAUGACAUAAAAAAUCUGGCAAAACAAAAAGUUUAUAUGAUUUCUGGAACUUCUGAUAGUACUGUUGGCGCUUCAGUAAUGACUCAAUUAUAUAAAUAUUAUGUAACUGAAGGCCAAUUUAUUCCAAGCGCAAAUGUUGUAUUUAAAAAAGAUUUAAACUCGGCACAUACAUUUCCAACUGAUUUUGAUAGUACUGGUAAUAAUGCUUGUGGAUCUACAAGUAGUCCUUAUAUAAGUAAUUGUGGCUUUGAUGGAGCAGGAGCUAUACUCGAACAUAUUUAUGGAUCAUUGAACCCUAGAAAUAAUGGAGCAUUAAGUGGAAAAUUUAUUGAAUUUGAUCAAGGAGAAUUUUUAGCUGAUGCGAGAAGUAAUGGAAUGAGCACAACAGCAUGGGUCUAUGUACCUAAAAGUUGUACUGAUGGAGCUACUUGUAAAUUACAUAUUGCCUACCAUGGCUGUGUACAAGGCUACGAAAAAAUCGGUGAUAAAUUCGUGAAAAAUUCAGGAUACAAUCGUUGGGCUGAUACCAAUAAUAUCAUAGUUUUAUAUCCACAAGCAGUAGCCACAAGUACAGUAAGCAUGGGAGGUGGAGCAUCACUUCCAAAUUCGAAUGGAUGUUGGGACUGGAUUGGAUGGUAUGGAACGGAUUUUAGUGUUAAAAGUGGCAAGCAAUCGGCUGCAAUGAAAAAGAUGAUUGAUCGUAUAACGAGUGGUUUCAAUCCAAUUGAUGCACCAACAGGACUUCAAAUUAUUGCUACUACAGAUAAUUCAGUUUCUCUUUCAUGGAAACAAAUUCCAAGUGCAAGUGGUUAUAAUGUUUACAGAAAUGGUGGUAAAGCUAAUGGUGGAAUAAUAAGUGGCACGACAUUUACAGAUAAUAAUUUAAAUUCUGGUACAACAUAUACAUUCACUGUUAAAGCUGUUUCAUCAUCAGGUGGUGAAAGUGGUGCUUCAAAUUCAGUUACUGCUAAAACAACUGGCGAACCGCCAGCUGUAGGAACACCAAGUGCUUUAACAGUUACGGAUACAACUAGUAAUUCAGUUACUUUGAAAUGGAAUUCAGUUUCAGAUGUAACAACAUAUAAUAUUUAUCGUAAUGGAGAUAAGGUAACAAGUGUUAGCUCCACGUCAUAUACUGAUACAGGUUUGAAUUCUGCAACUGAUUAUCAAUAUCAAGUCUCAUCGAUAAAAGGUUCAGCUGAAAGCGAAAAGUCCAACGAAGUCACAGCUACAACACUUACUGACAAGAUGUGUUACAAUGACAAUAAUGUUAAUCAUGUAGCUGCUCUAAGAGCUUAUGUAAGCUUUGGCUAUACAUUUGCUCUUGGUUCAAAUCAAAAUAUGGGACUUUACAAUAUCUUUCAAAAAACAAAUUUAUGCAAAAAAAGUGAAUACCUCUAUGUCAUCGAGUAG